AUGCGUUAGGGUAUAUAGCGCAGUUGCUUGUGUAAGAGGGCGGGCGCAUUAGUGGUUGCUUGUUAUUGUUUAACGCAUAAGUAGUUCACGGUAUCUCCGUUAGUGAAUUACACAACCGGACUGAAUUAAUAAAACGAGCUGUUUACUUUACUGUUCAACAGUUAACUAUAAAUCGAAGCCACAAUGGUCCAUUCUUGAGUGACACCCGUGUCUGAUACAUUGAUUGUUCCAAAGCCGAGUACCGGCUAUUGGUGUGUAGAGGACUGGAGCCCCAGCACUCUUUUGUCAGUUAGAGUGUUUGCAUUGAUAGAGAAGCUAUCUGGAUUUACGAACCGCCGGGGAGCAAGGACCGACAGAGUCAGGGUCCUUCCCCGGCCGGGAUAACCGGAAACGAGGCAUUUCGGUAGGAUUAGAGAAUCGCCCGGCCCUCUCGGUGAGAGAUAAAACCGGUGUUAAGCAAGAUGGCGUCCGCCUCUUCUGGAAGCGGAGCCCCCAGCGCAGGGGGCAGCAUUAACUCUGGAACAAUUGGCUCCAGACGACUCCAGGCAAGUGAAGUACCUGGUUCUUCAGGGCUGCACAGUACAUUGACAAUAAAAAGAAUUGGCCAUCGAGGGGUUGACCCCACUGGAGAAACUACGUAUAAAAAAACCACUUCAUCUGCCAUAAAGGGAGCAAUCCAGCUGGGUAUUACUCACACUGUUGGAAGCCUGAGUACAAAACCAGAGAGAGACGUGCUCAUGCAGGACUUUUAUGUGGUGGAGACCAUCUUCUUUCCUAGUGAAGGAAGUAACUUAACUCCUGCUCAUCACUUCAGUGAUUUUCGGUUCAAAACAUAUGCUCCAGUAGCAUUUCGUUAUUUCAGGGAACUAUUUGGAAUCAGGCCUGAUGAUUAUAUGUAUUCACUCUGCAGUGAUUCAUUGAUAGAACUUUCAAACCCUGGAGCCAGUGGAUCAGUGUUCUAUGUCUCUGCUGAUGAUGAAUUCAUAAUUAAAACCGUGCAGCACAAAGAAGCAGAGUUUUUGCAGAAAUUACUUCCUGGUUAUUACAUGGUAUGUGAUGUGUCUUGCCUUAGUUUCAUUUUUGUUUUUAUUUAUUUUGUUUUAUUUAUUGUGGCCUACUCCAAAAAGUAA